AUGAAUUUUACCAAGAAGCACUCGUCGAACUCUUCGGAAGAUAGAAAUGAAUACGGAGAAUAUACAAGUGAUGUCUUAAGCGAAGAAAUCAUAGGAAAGUUCUCCGAUAAGUUUGUGGCAGACGCGAGGAAUAGAAUGGCGAUGAAUGCAAUCACAGGUGCUGACAUGAACAAAGUGCUGUUGAACCGCAAGGUACCAUACUUUAUUCUAUUAUCCGAACAUGUAUCGGCAUUUCAGCUUCAAUUUUUUAACCGGUUCGCGCUCAUACAGGCCACCAUCAGUGAUAUCCAUGUGUUUUCCGAGAAACUUGAAUUGGAAGGCAAGGCGACUAACCAAAGAUCGUCUGGACGUUGUUGGAUAUUCGCCGCUACCAAUGUCCUACGAUUGAUCGUCAUGAAAAAGUAUAAAUUGGAAGAAUUCGAGUUAUCACAACCUUAUAUGUUCUUUUACGAUAAACUUGAAAAGGCAAAUUUUUUCCUUGAGAACAUGAUUGCGAUUGCCGAUAAGGAAGUUGAUUCGCGUCUGAUCCAAUAUUUAAUUCAGGCCCCGGUGAAUGACGGGGGUCAAUGGGACAUGAUCAUCAAUAUUUUGGAGAAAUAUGGGGUGGUCCCUAAAACCGUGUUUCCAGAAAGUUACAAUUCAUCUAAUUCAUCCAAACUCAAUUGGUUGGUGACAACAAAACUCCGAGAGUUUGCCCAUCAGUUGCGUGAGUUACAUGCUUCUGGAAGUAGUGUCGAAUCUUUAAGGCGCAUCAAGGUUAAGAUGAUGGAGCAAAUUUAUCGUAUUCUGGCAAUCUCUCUUGGCGAACCACCUAAAGAGUUCGAUUGGACUUUCCGCGACAAAGAUGGAAGGUUCUACGAGUACAAGGGACUAACGCCAUUGAAGUUUUAUCGUGAGCACAUCGGUUACAAGGCGACAGAGACAUUCUCUCUCAUCAACGAUCCUCGUAAUGACUUCUUAAAAUUGUAUACUGUUGAGUAUCUCGGCAACAUUCAAGGCGGUUUCCCGAUUCGUUACGUCAACAUUCCAAUUGAAGCGAUGAAACUCCUCACCAUUCAAACUUUACGCGCGGGAAAACCAGUUUGGUUUGGCGCCGACGUUGGAAAAUCCAGUGACUCAGAGAUAGGAAUAUUGGAUAACAAAAUUAUUGACUACGAAUUGGGAUUCAACAUCAAGUUUCGUCUGACGAAAGCCCAAAGGUUGCAAUAUGGUCAGAGCUUGAUGACGCACGCUAUGGUUUUCACAGGCGUACACCUCGAGAACGGUAAGCCUGUUCGUUGGCGAGUUGAGAAUUCCUGGGGUGAAGACCGUGGAGAAAAGGGUUACUUCGUCAUGAGCGAUGAUUGGUUUAGCGAUUGGGUUUAUCAAAUAGUUCUAGAAAAGAGAGAUGCACCUCAAGAGUAUGUAGAGAUAUUGGAGCAACCUCCCAAUGUUUUACCCGCUUGGGACCCGAUGGGCUCUCUUGCUAUCAUGUGA